CAGGGAGGCGCAUCGAUGAGUGCACAUAUGUAUGCAGCGUACGAGCGCGUGUGCGUACGAGCGCGUGUGCGGUCGAUUGGUCGGCGACCGGACAAAACGACACGACAGGGAUGGAUGGGACGCACUCAUGUCAUGGAUCGAUCAAGCAAGACUUGACAAAGAAGCCACACCAUACCCAACCCACCACAGCACUCUCACACGCACUUAGACUAUCCCACGACUGACUGACUGGCUGACUGACUGACUGAAUGAGUGACUGCAGGGGUGGAUGGCCCCCACCCGAUCCCAUCCACACACCACAGCCCAAGCACCGACCCCCCCACACACCUGGCAUCGUGUGUGGGUAGAUCCAUCCUUGAAUGCCAAAAAUAUCAUUCAUUCGUUCGUUCGUCAACACACGCAUGCAUACAUCAAUCAAUCAGAGAAAUUUGUUUUGAUUCAGCCCCGUCCGUCCCCUCUCCCUCCCUCUUUCCUACCUGCCCUCUUAUCAUCCUUUCCCCGCCGUCUCUAAGAAAACACACAUCCAUUAGCCAUCCGCCGUCAGACAGGCAGAUAGAUGAGUACGCGGACACACGUAUGCACACCCCACUCAGUCAGGCGAUCCUCCCCCCCUCCCCUCUCCGCAUCGCAUCUAUCGAGAUCUCUGCCUCAUUCACUCAGGUGCAGAGAUCCUGCAGCAGGUCCGACGGCAGCGGAGCCCCAAACUCAUGCUCCUCAUCGUCGCCCUGCUUCCCGCUCCCACCCUCAUGCAUAGCAGUACUGUCACCACCACUGCCACACUGCCCGGCAGCGGUACCACUGGCCUCCUCCCUGGCCUGUCCAUUCGACCCGUCUGACGCUCCAGAUCGCGGGACGCCCUCGACCGACCCCUGUGAGGCGCUCCCGUCGCUCGACACGUGCCGCCCUAUGCCCGACUUGUCGUUCUCGGGCGAGGAGGGGAAGAGCGGCGAUGCGGGGAAGAACGGCUCGAAGUAGAGGCCGUUGCCGCCGCCAUACGGGGGAGGGGACAUGGACUGCUGGCGAAAUUGCGAGAGGGCCGACGAGUCUCGGUUGUUGUUGGGGGGCGACACGCCCUCGCUCUCGUCGCGGCGAGUGGCCAGCCCUGGUGAGUACCCUGAGAGGCUCAAGCCGCCUUCCGUCGAGCACGAUGACAGCACAGCCGACGACUCCUUGCGCAUGCCAAUUAAGCCGGGCAGGACGUCCGUCUCGCUGCCCUGGCCGUUCGGCUGGCGAGUCGACUGCGGCUGGCGGUCACUGGUGUAGGGGUACGGCGUCAUCUGCUCGUUGUCUCCCUCCCCGCUCCCCCCGCUGCCCCCAUCAGCAGCAGCAGCCCGCUGGGCGACCGCCGAUCGCGUCACUCCAGCGGACUCUGCGCUCGCCCCCUCCUCGGUCUUGUCCCCACACGGCAUCGGCACACGCACCUUGAAGCUGCCGUUGGCGAAGUCCGGGGCGCCGUGCAGUGACGAUCCGGCCUGGUCGGCCAUGGCGGCGCUGCUGGUGCUGCCUGCCGUGCUCGACAUGAGGGCGUGGUCGUCUUUGGUGGCGCUCGUGGAGGACUUGGGCGGCCGUGUGGGCGGUGGGGGUCGCGAUGGCGGCGCACGGACGGGGGGAGGGGGGGGUGGGGGCAUGUCCGUGGUUGGAGUGCCUGAGGGCGACUUGCCUAGCGGGUACGGCACCCGCACCGAGUGGACCGAGUUGAGCGGUGACGAGCCCGUCGGGGAUGCCGACUCGAAGUCACCCUCGUGGUUGGCGACGGGCACAGGCUGCGCAGGCAGAGACGAUGAGGUGCUGGGAACUUGAAACGAAUGAGUGCUCACAUCUGCAAGAAAGAGGACAUAAAGGCAGUGUGAGGUGAGCCACUCACGCUUGUCAGCGCCUGUGGGUAAGCCUUCCUCACCUCCAGAGUGCUCGCGUUUGGGCGAUGACGACGAGGCCAGCACGGGAGCCGUCACAGCGUCGAUCUGCAGCAUGUUUCUCCCCACCACCUUGCGGCCCGCCUUGUUGUCCUCCUCCCUCUUGCCGCCCCUGCUGGCGGCCACCAGUGCCUCGUCCUCCUCCUCAUAUGCCGGCGGUGCACGGUCGUUCUUGCUCGUCUCGACCGCGUCGAAAUCGUAGGUAGGAGGGGCCUCUGACGGGUAUGGGGGUCUUGAGGGGCGAGGGUAGCCGGGCAGGGGAGGGGGCGGCGCAGCGGCGGUCGCCUGGACGGUCGAUGGGGGUGCCUGCAUCGCCGGCGGCUCCUCCCGCUGGUUGGGCCGUGACGCCGGCCUCGCCGGCUGCGGCUGCUGGUACUGCUGCUGUGGCUGCUGGUACUGCUGCUGGUAUUGCUGUGGUUGCUGCUGGUAUUGCUGGUAUUGCUGUGGCUGCUGAUAGUGCUGCUGGUAUUGCUGCUCGGGCUGCUGAUACUGCUGCUGCUGCUGCUGCUGCUCGGGCUGCUGUGCGGCGCCGUGGGUGUUGUUCCACUCCGCAACCACGUGGGCACCGCCGAGUCGCGCGAGCAGCUCCUUGAGACCGGCAAAAUCGACGUCGAUGUCCACAUCACGCACGUCAAUGCCCACCAGGGCCAGCAGCUGCUGCACACGGGGGUCGAUCGGCUGCCCGUCGCCAUGUCUGCGGCGCUGGCCCGCGCCAGGACGUCUCGACGAAAAGCUCGCCUGAUUAGUCUGCUGCUGCUGGUAGAACUGCUGCUGCUGGUGCUGGUUGAGCAUGCCCGGGGGGAUGCUGGUGUUGUUCUGGACACGCUCCUCGUAGUAGCGGCCAUCGUUGUCGAGGACGAUGCGGCGCGUGGUGUUGUCGCGCGACGUCACGUUGGGCAUCGAGCGGGAGGCGUCCUUGGUGGGGAGGAGGGACGCCAUCAACGCCUCACCGUACAGCCGCUGGUGGUCACUGGACCCCUGCGCGAGCUGGUAGAGGUUCUGCCCCUGAGCGAGUUGGGAGAGGGCCGGCGUGUCGAGAAGGCCGGGAUGGAAGGGCACCGCGGGGUUGUGGGGCUGGGGGAUGGACAGCUCGGCGGCCGAGAGGUUGCGGAGGCUGCCCAGCUGGCCCUUGGCGCCGCCCUUCUUGUGGCCGGCGGUCUUCUCCUUGAAGUACCUCUUGCGCUCGUCCAGUGCCUCGCGGAUGACCUCCUCCAGUGGACGGCCCUCCUCACGCGCACGCUUCUCGAGCUCAGUGCGGCUGCAGAUGCACAGAUGCACAGACACACACGUAGGCAUCGGUCGAAGGGCGUUUGUUGGUCUUUCUGUGCUAGAUCUCACCGGUACACACGAGGUCUAAGCUCCUCCACGCCGUGUGCGUGACGACACGCAUCGCCAGCCGUGCAGUUACCUGCGGACAGAGAGACAUGCAGACGCAGAUCGACUUGUGUCUCCUCUCCUUUGCGGCAUGGUUGGUCCUAAUUUAUGAGUGCGUGCGUGCGUACCCUUGAGCCAGUAUCGGCACAUGUCCGUCUUGAAGUAGUCGAGGGUCGCCCGCAACUCGUGCUGCCCUGAACACAUGAACACGCGAAAGAUUAGAUUGACGUACGUGGCAAUAGGUUUAUUAUUCGUCGUGUCCUCACCGUGAGCGAAUGAGCAGUUGGCGUCGCGGCACUCACCCUGGGCACACGGACACACACACCAGUUGGUGGCUGGGUGUUUGCCAUCCUUGCUGAUUGAUGUCUGUGCGUCUCCUCGUACCUUUUGGAACCUGGUGCACAGUCUCGUCUUGUAGAGGGGGACUCCCACACGCAACUCCUGAGUGACACAUGAACAGACGAACGGACAAAUAAGGGAUCGAUCCUAGAGGCGUGUGUCUCUUGGGGUCCCUACCGACGAGUCGUGUGCAAAGUUACACGCAUUGCCUUUUCGGCAAUAGCCCUUCUCCAGGAAUGGGCACAUCUGCAACGACGGAUGACACGCACACAGCACGAUAAACACAGACAUAUCAGCGUCUUCGUUUCUCCCUCCCUCCCUCCCUCCCUCCCUUGACUCACUGACCUUGGUCCGGUAGAACUGGUCGGGCACCUCAUCAAUCUGCGAGGGCGGCUUGACGAUGCUCGCCUUGUCGACCGGACGAGGCUGCCCACUGCCGCUGCUGCCGCUCUCACUCCCACCCAGCAAUCCACUCAGGUCACCCGUCGCAGCGCCCUUAAGCGUCCCCAGGGCGACCGUCACGUUGCCAUGGGCAUCGAUGUGAGCAGUGGGGGUGGGAGCCGGGUGCGGCAGCACCUGCUGCCUCUCCACCGCCUGCAGCAACGACGCCGCGGCCUUGUUGGGGACAAAGGCGAUGGACGACGGGUUGGGAAUGGGCUCUUGCUGGUGCUGCUGGUGGCCGGUGUAUGCCGCCUGUUCCAGCGGGAUGUAGUCGUGGUGCUGCUGCUGCUGCUGGUAGUGGGGCUGCUGGUAUUGGUGCUGCUGGUGCUGCUGGAGGUGUGUUGGGGGGAAGGGGGAGGGGUGCUGGUCAUGGAGCGAGAGGGAGGGGACUUGCUGGGACAGGUACUGGGACGUGAAGGACGGGGACAUGGACCCACCCCCACCCCCGCCGCCGUAGGAGGGGCCACCCACGCGGCCACGCGUGUACGCAAACGAGUUGGUCAUGGCCGCAGGUAGGUAGACAGAAAGACUAACAAGACAGACAAGACAGCCAGACAGUCAACAAAGACGAGGAAGAGAAGGGGCGUUCGGUGCGGUGGGAAGCAGUCAGUCAGUCAGGAGUCAGUCAGGCGUCAGUCCGUCCGUCGGUGAGGCACGAGCAAAACAACUAGGCCCACCGGCCGACGACUGGCAGGGACAAAUAAGAAGUAAUCAAUCCCACCUUACCCACCGAACUAACCGACCGACAAAUAGGCCGCCGACAGUCAGUACAAAGGCCCAAAAAUAGCUUGCUGUGCUGCUGUGUUGCUGCUGCUCUGGUGGUACCUUGCUCCUUGCUCCUGCCUCCUCGCUAUCUGUCUCUCUCGCUCGCUUAUACCGAGUGGGUCGAUUGAAAAUCAAUGCCGAGAGCGUCAAGACACCUCACAACCGGCAGGCACUUGUGCGUGCUGGUCGGUAAGCCCUCAGCCCGCUUGCUGACCUGUCUGCCAAUGUAAGGCACCCAGCAAGCAAGCCACACGGACUAAAUAAAACGACGGGUGGGUGGACGGAUCGAAGAUCGGUGUGUGGAUCGAAUCAACAAACAAGCACCCAGCCCACAGUGUGUGCACCUCUCUCGCCUCCUGACUGAGCUUCAAAACGCUCUCAAUCGAUGGACCGACUGAGGGCGGGGCACUAAGCGCUCAGAGGGUGAGCCGAUCUGUCUGUCUGUCUGUAUACCGAUGUCUGUGGAACGAUGGGAUGGACGAAGGACACACACACGCUGUCGGCUCAAAGGCGGACACACACACACAUGCCUCUGCUCUUCCCCUGGUGGGUACGUAGCGCUAGGUGACGGACGGGAGGGAUGACAAACGACUGCCUGACACUCACUGCGCCAGAUAGGCCGCUUUGGGCAGACAGACAGACAGACAGACAGGACGAGAGUCGAUCGGAAAGCAAUCGCGGCGCCUGGCUGGCUGGCUGUGGUCACUGACUGACUUGAGGGGAUGAAAAAAGUUCGGGCGCGAGGGGUGAUGACAGACAGCACUAUGACACAAUAACGACGAUAAGUGGCACUGAAUGAACGAUGAAACAGUCAGUCAAAAAAGAAGGAUCUCAGCGACAGACAGACAGACGGUGUGUAGUGAGUAGUGAGUGAAAGGAACGGACACGCAGGUGUAUGGGUGAGGUGACACUCAGGUACGAAUUAGAGGGAGGGAGGCGGUGGCAAGGCAAGGCAGGCAGACAGUGUAGAGUCUCACUCUGCAGACUGGCAGAGCCCUCCUCACAGCCGCAGAGUCAGGGAGACACACCUCAGACGAAACGACACACACCAGAAUCUGGAACACACCGCAACCAUAACCAGACAGGCACAGCAAAUAUCACGCCCGUGUCACUGACCCUCCUCUGGUCGCUUCCUGGCUCACCGGCUAGUUGAGCAAUGGCGGUUUUAACGCAGCACAGAAUCCAACUGGCUUCACCCCAUGCUCCUUCAUCAUCUUAUUCCUCCAUAGCUUCCCCGUUUUGCUUCACAACUCC